ACCUUUGUUGCUGAUCAUCAUGGCAGUGGUUUUAGUCACACCAGCGAUUUCUGUGCCUCUGAAAAUUGGUUUCUACCAGACUGCAUGCCCCUCGGCUGAGAGCAUGGUGAGAAAUACAGUCACUAAGGCACUUGCCGCAGAUCCUGCCAUAGCUGCUGCCCUCAUCAGACUCCAUUUCCACGACUGUUUUGUAAGGGGUUGUGAUGCUUCUAUUCUGCUUGAUUCUAAGCCGGGAAUGCCAGCAGAGAAAGAAAGCACGAUGAACAAAGGCGUCCAAGGCUUUGAGGUGAUAGACGAAGCAAAGGCGGCGAUAGAAGCCCAAUGCCCAAACACAGUUUCCUGCGCAGACAUCAUCGCCUUCGCCGCCAGAGACAGCGUUUUCAGUGCCGGCGGCCUCCGCUAUGCUGUCGCUGGCGGAAGGCGCGACGGCUUGGCUUCGUUGAUCUACGAAGCGGCCAAAAAUCUCCCCGGUGCAUUUUUCAAUUCGACAGAGUUGAGGGGCAACUUUGCAAGAAAAGGGCUGUCAAUGGAGGAAAUGGUGACGCUCUCUGGAGCUCACUCCAUUGGAGAGUCUCAUUGCUCUGCCUUCUCCAAAAGGCUUUACUCUUUCAGUGCAAGAUUUCCACAAGACCCUUCGAUGGAUGGGGCUUAUGCUGAAACUUUAAAAUCUAAAUGCCCAAGGCCUCGGAAUUUGACAGAUUCUGUUGACCCAGUUGUGGCUUUUGAUCUCUCAACGCCUGCUCUGCUUGACAACAACUACUACAAGAACUUGGUGAGCCACAGAGGGCUAUUGGCUUCUGAUCAGGAGCUUUGGAGCAGUGGGUUGACGAGGAAGAUGGUGAAGUACAACAGGAACCAUCCGGGUGCAUGGGCCUCUAAGUUUGCUGCUGCAAUGGUGAAGAUGGGUUCCAUUGAUGUGAUGGUGGGUAGAAAUGGAGAAAUCAGGAACAACUGCAGGGCUGUGAAUUAGGAAGCUCUUGUUGUGUGUGCCUGCCUGGCUACUUAGUGCUCACUCAAAAUCUUCUUUCAAACUAGAAUUUUAUAUUUUAAGAGCCAUGUAAUUUAAUUUGAGUUUUUUCAAUUUUGGGCAUGUUCCCUUUGUUUUGGGAAGUUCAUUUUGAUUUGAGAUUGUGGACGUGUAUGUUAUAGUUUGUUUGAUAUAA